AUGAAGCUCAAGAAAUUCAUGUUGAGGUAUUAUCCUCCUGGAAUUAUAUUAGAGUAUGAACGAUCCAACGGAAGGGAAGGAACAAAGACUAUUGAUUUAUUGGGAUUGAAUGAGAGAUCCGACAUUAACUCUGUCGCAGAAGAUAUUGUUGCAAGAGAACCCUUAAUUCCGAGCAGCAAAACUGAACAAGUACGACAAUUAGUGGACAAAUUGGUUCAAAAGAUAUCCUCAUACAAGUGCAGAAAAUUCAAAGAAGAGAAAUCUCUUCAGGCACACAUGCUUCCACUAACAAAUUGUGCCUUCAACAAGUCCGGAGAUAAAUUUAUUACUGGAAGCUAUGACAGAACGUGCAAAGUCUGGGACACUCAAACAGGAGAGGAAUUGAAAACACUUGAAGGACACAAGAACGUUGUGUACGCAAUUGCCUUUAACAAUCCAUUUGGAGACAAGAUUGUUACUGGAUCUUUUGACAAAACAUGCAAAUUAUGGGAUGAAGAGAGUGGAGAAUGUCUCUACACAAUGAAAGGCCAUGAAUCUGAAAUUGUUUGUGUUUCCUUCAAUCCUGACAGCAGCUUAAUUGCUACUGGAUCGAUUGAUACAACCGCAAAAGUUUGGGAUGUGGAGACUGGCAAAGAAAUCUAUUCACUUUCAGGACACAACAAGGAAAUUAUUAGUAUGAGCUUUAACAAUGCAGGAAAUUUUAUUGUGACUGGCUCUUUUGACAACACGGUUCGUGUUUGGGACGUAAGAAGCGCUGAGUGUGUGUUCAAUUUUCACGGUCAUGAAUGUGAGGUUUCUGCCACCCAAUUUAACUUUACAGGAGACACAGUGGCAUCGAGUUCUAUCGACAAGACAAGCAAGUUGUGGAGCCUUCAUACUGGAACAUGCGUUCGAACACUCACAGGACACAAUGACGAAGUCAUUGACAUUGCUUUCAAUCCGACAGGAAGUAAGGUUGCAACGGCUUCCCAAGACUGUUCUGCAAGAAUUUAUGACACCUUUACUGGCGAGUGUUUGGCUACCAUGAAAUUGUUUGCAGGUUUUGAGAGGUCACAAGGACGAAGUUUUCAGUUGUGCUUUUAA